GAGCAGCAGAGUUGAGUAGAGUUACGAAGCAAGAUGGCGGUGUGGAGCAGACUUUUCCUCUCGGCCGGGCAAAAAUUGUUCAAAUCUAAUGGAGCAUCGGCGAACGUAAUGUCAAAGAAUGAAAUUGUACGAUGCAUGUCGGAUGACCACUCAAUGAUCAUAACGGCAUCUCGCUGGCAGUGGCAUCAAUGCAAGAACUGGUUGCAUUUUUAUUUCUUUGUGGGCGCCAUCCCUGUUGCCAUAGUUGUAUUUUGCGCUAACGUAUUUAUCGGGCCAGCUACAUUGGAACCAAUUCCAGAAGGCUAUAUUCCUAAGCGAUGGGAAUAUUUUAGAUCACCGAUUACAAGGUUUAUGUCAAGAUAUUUAUGCCCAAUAAAACAACAAGAGUACGAGAAAUUCCUUGCUAAGGCAGCUGUACUCCAGGAAAAAAAAAAGCUUAGGAUCUUACAGAAACAAGUUCGAUCACUCAUCAGAAGUCAUCAGGAUUAUCCAGCUUAUGCUUAUAAAAGAAGUUUAUCAGCAACAAGUAUAAGAAAAUAUAGAGAAUAUCUCGACCAACUGAAUGGUUAAUCCGAUGCAUUGGACAAACCAUUCUUAGAAUUUAAUACAAGUGAUAGAUAUACAUAGUGGGAUGAAAUAUUGUGUGAAUCAAGUGAUAUGGGUUGUAGUAAAGAGAACAGAUGUUAUUAAUAAAAGAAUCAUCGAAAGUU